AUGUCUAAUUUGCGAGCUAUACUGGACAGACUGGUCCAAGAGAACCUCCACGGCCCCAUUGACCCUGGGACACAGCAGGAUACUGUCAAGAACCAUGCGAUACGACAGGCGCAACAAGCGCAGACACUAGGACAUGCCAGGGGAGCACAUGCUGACCCAUAUCGUGACUUUCGGGAAUCGCAGCGCCAUGACAUCGAUCUUGACGCGCAUGAUCCAAGAUGGAGACAGUUGUUCCACGAACUGUUCGUAUCGGAUCAAUCGGAUGACAGGAACGAUGAUUUGCUCUUCUUUGUUCAACGGGUAUCGGACGAAGCCGAGAACGGCGGACUGGGUGUUGAUCCGGUGUUUGUCAAACGUAAGGUCAAGGGCACCAAUGGACGGGGGAUCUUGACACCGGAACAGGAAGAUGUUGUUCUCUGGAAGGAUACCUUCUUCUUGAACGUCAUUGUCCAGCUCCAGUGCAAGCUGACGGUGGCGGUGUGUUCGCGUGUGUCAGAGACGAACCCAGUGACAGGAACGACAAAGACGAGUAUGAUAUGUACACGGAAACAUGUAUCCAAACAUGUUUACGCUUCACCGACAAAAUCGCGCAUGGAUGUCAAGGAAGAGUCGGUCGAGUGCUCCUGGCCCUUGAUCUACUAUGUGAUUGACGACUUUGAGGACUCGUUUGAGCAGCUUAUGGUCCGCGACAAUGAAUACUUGUGUGUCGAACUUGCUGUGACGGUGCCGACUGCGAGGACAGGAUACCCAACUUCUACCGUUACUACCCAUCACCAACCAUCAGGACCACAAUCUUCAGUAGUGUCGGGACCUCUCACUCUGAACACCUCGCAUCAUGGUCGGACCAAAGCAACCGCCCAGGAUUCAAACAACCCACAAUCACCUACAGGAGAUGGGCUUCAACCUGGGCGUCCAUUUCCUAGCACCUCGACCCGUGGUGGGAGCAAGAUCACAUUGUUCCAGGGUGCUGCGGGAUUCCAGAGUCUUCUUGGGAUCUACCAACAAAAGGCGGCCUCCAAGGUUGGCAGGCGGUUCAAGUUGGGACCUCAUACUGUCCCCACCGAAUUUGUCAUGAUGCGAGGGCCAGGUGCGCGUGGUCAUGCUCAGGUGGCAAUUACGGCGUCGAGUAUUGGGGAUGACCUGGCAACACUAGAUGAUACCACAUCAGGAUCGCCUACUUCACCUCGAUCCAACUCUGAAAAGGGGCUCCCACCCAUACCGAACGGUCAGUACGACAGCCAUCAUCGCGAUGGCAAUGGCGAUAGCAAUGGCCAAAGGACAUCAUUUGCAGAAGGAUACGGGAACGUCAAUGGUCAACAGCAACAACAUCACCCAUCCUCCAGAAUCGAAAAUUCGCCAUCCUCUUACAACCAAAACGCAGGACCCAUAUCGAGUACGUCGCCUUCACCAACAGGAGCAAGCGUCUCAUCGACUGCAAAGUCGUUCUCGUCAGGAUCGUUCUUCCAAUCGCUCCGUCGGAUCUCGUUGGCGACGCUUGCGCAGGCGACUGGACAGACUCCUCAGCAGCUUCAGCAGCGUAGCAGUUACAACGAUCACAGUAGCAAUAGCGCUAACGGAGGAGGUGGAGGAUAUGAAAAUGGAGCUGGCGGUGGUAGUGGUAGUGGCGGUGUGACGACACCUACGAGUUCGGCUGUGCAUUCAUUGACCCAGAACCUCAACCAGUCCACACCAAGCUUCGGCUCCUCAGUCUCACCUCCACACUCUCCCUCCUCUUCACAACAACAGCGUGGAUCAGAGAAACAAUCUGACGGGAAGGGGUCCUCGAUGUCUUCGCGACAGGAGAUGAUCAAUAGUAACGGCGUCGGGACGCGACAGGAGAUUGAGGCGCUUGUUAAGGCACCUCAGAGUCUGCGGUGUUGUAUGACGUUUGUGAAUGUUCCCUGGACGGGGAUUGUAACCAUGUUGAUGGAUCAUGCUUAUCAUCCUUCCUUCUCGAAUCCCACGGCGACUGUGUCGGUGCCUGUUCAGAUGGGCCAGAGGCAGAAGUGA